AUGGCCGAGUUCCCGUCAAAGGUGCACCUCACCAAGCACCCCAUCUGCCUGGAUAUCCGUGGACCCUCGCUGUAUGAGGAUGACAACCAUCGCACAUGGAUGCAUCUUGUCACAGAGACAGGAGGUGACGUUCAAGUACAGUUGUGCCAGCUCGACGACCCCAGUGAGAAUAAUGCACUCACCACCAGCCAGCAGACCUCGAUCACCAUGCCUUCAUGGUGGGUGCUCCACCUUGGCAGCCGGUACCUGGAUUCCAUGGGCCGGUUCUGGCUCAUCGUGCACCACGUAAAGGAGAAUGGCGUGGAGAAAAUGAUCCUUGAGCUGAUGGAAGACUUGUAA